AUGACGUACAAUUAUUUACUUCAAUAAAUUAGCAGUGUACAUUAAAUGGAAAAGUGGCUGUAUAAAGUACCUAUUACACAAGAAUGUAAAUAAACAAAAAUGUCUCGAAAUGUCAGAAGUUAGGCCGACGUGUUUCGUUGUGGUGGGGUGUAUCGUGAAAAUGUACGAAGGUGAUGUGGAACUCGAUCAGUAUACACUUUCUAAUCGCGGCGAUCGGUCCCGAUAAGAUAUAGAACGUUGAAAACCGCGCUAAAAUGUCGUAUGAAAAUCUCAAGGAAUACGUCAGUGCUCACGGUCAAGAACAUCUCUUGGAAUAUUGGCCGGAACUGAGUGACAAUGAGCGGGAACAAUUGGCGGGAGAAAUCCGGAAGUUGGAUCUCGCCGAAACUAAUGAAAUAUUUAGACGCGCGAACGAAGCUACUAAAGUUAUAUUGGAAAAGUUCGACGAUGAUUUGAAGCCUAUACCGCAGACUCAUUACGAAUCCGUGCCUGGUUUGAACGAAGAAAAAAUUACGGAGUAUGAAAACAUCGGUUUUAAAGAAAUUUCUGAUGGGAAAGUUGGUGUUUUGUUAUUGGCUGGUGGACAAGCUACUAGGCUCGGAUUUGGACACCCGAAAGGCAUGUAUGAUGUUGGUUUACCAUCUCAUAAGACAUUAUUCCAAAUACAAGCAGAGAGAAUCUUGCGAGUUCAACAAAUGGCAGAAGAAAGGACCGGAAAGUAUGGUAACAUUACUUGGUAUAUCAUGACGUCUCAACAUACUAGAGGUCCUACAGCUAAAUUCUUCAAAGACCACUCUUAUUUCGGUUUAAGUGAAGAGAACAUUGUCUACUUCGAACAGGGAACACUGCCUUGCUUUGAUUUUGGCGGUAAAAUAUUAUUAGACGAGAAACACCAUAUUGCGUCCGCACCAGAUGGAAACGGAGGCCUAUACAGAGCUUUAAAAACACAAGGCGUUUUAGAUGACAUCAAGAAGCGCGGUAUCCAACACUUGCAUGGACACUCUGUUGACAAUAUCCUGAUUAAAGUAGCAGAUCCAGUGUUUAUCGGUUAUUGUAAAAGUAAGAAUGCAGACUGUGCAGCUAAAGUUGUACAGAAAUCGUCACCAAGUGAACCUGUAGGCGUCGUAUGCAGAGUGAACGGACAUUACAAGGUUGUAGAAUAUUCCGAACUGACUGAUGAAGCCGCUGAACGCCGCAAUCCGGACGGCCGACUUACCUUCUCCGCAGGAAAUAUAUGCAACCACUAUUUCUCGUCUGAAUUCCUUCACAAAAUCGCCGAUUUCGAGCGUAAACUAAAACUGCACAUUGCCAAAAAGAAGAUACCGUACGUCGAGAGCGGUGUACGCCACAAGCCGUCCGAACCGAACGGUAUAAAGAUCGAAAAGUUCAUUUUCGACGUCUUCGAGUUCGCUGAGAACUUUAUUUGUUUGGAAGUGGCUAGAGAUGUGGAAUUCUCAGCGUUGAAGAACGCAGAUGCUGCGAAGAAAGACUGUCCCUCUACAGCUAAGCAGGAUAUUUUGAACUUACACAGAAAGUACAUUAGAGAAGCUGGUGGUGUUAUCGCUGAUGAUAUUGAUGUGGAAAUAUCUCCUCUUCUAUCGUAUGGAGGCGAAAACCUUAAGGAAUUGGUAAAUAACGAAGUUUUCACCAUAUCCCCUUUCCAUUUGAAAAGCAUGCAAGAAUCUAACGGUUACCAAAAUGGUAACCAUUGAUAUAAAAAGCAACAACUCAAGCCUUAAAAUUAAUAAAAAUGCCUGAAAACUAUUGAAAAGCAAUCAUAUUAAAGAUUUAAAUUCGCAUUUAAAACCAAUAAGAAACUUAUUAGAUUAGUCUAAAAUUUCAUUCAUUUUUUUCUUUUUUUUAACAUAACAGCACAAGGAUAAAACUUAAUUUAUAGUCAAAUAUUUUUCUAUAUUUUAAUUGCAAGAAUGUAUAAAAUUAUAAUAUUUUUAUAUUCAUUCCAUUUUAAUUCAAAAUGUAUUUUGCUGAUGUAACUUUUUAGCACAUAUCUUAUUAAUAAUUUUGAUUUCAAAAUAAUUUGCCUAAUGAUGUACCUAGAUAUUACAAAAUUAGCUAAAUACUAAUGGACUGCCAUUAAAAAUGACUUAUUAAUGAUAGUCAUAAAUUUUUUGUAAUUAAUGAUACACAUUUUUUAUCAUUAAUUAAUAAUUAUUAUUAUUACAACUAAUUACUUGGUGAUAUUACAUAAUAGAAAUUAGUAUGUAACUUAGUAUUAGUGAAUAUUAUAUUAUAACAUCAAUAAUUAAUUGUACCUAUGAAACAGCCUUUACAAAUUUCAUUAAAUUUUAAUCAUUUUUACAAUCCAAAUUAGUUUAAUGAAUUA